AUGACCCUGACUUACCAGAUCGGCGAGGAAGACGGGCUCUACAAGGCUCUUCUUGCGGCUGGGGUACAGGGUCGAACAGAACCGGCGGCGGGACAAUCGAACGACGCAGAUGAUUCGGCUUCUGCUGCUAGCCGAGCGGCUUGGGACGAGGACGCCGACUUGCCGAUCUGCACGGCUUGUGGGACGCAAUAUCCCGCUGCUCGUGAGGAUUGUCCUAUCUGCGAAGACGACAGGCAGUUCGUUCCAGCGAACGGUCAAGCUUGGUCUUGCCUGAGAAAGCUGGCUGACUCUGCCCACAAGAACGAAUUGGUCAAGGACAGCCAGGACAACCGGAUCUCGUACAUCAAGACGACACCCGCCUUCGGAAUUGGGCAGACUCCCUUCUUGAUCGAGACGGCCGAAGGGUCGUACAUCUGGGACUGCUGUGCUUUCCUCUCCCACAAUCUCGUCUCGGAACUGAAAGGCUUGAAGAAUCCGCUCAAAGCGAUCGUCAUCUCGCACCCUCACUUCUACACCACUUCCUUGACAUGGGCUAGGGUUCUGUCCGUACCUCUCGUAGUCUGCGGUAAAGACGAGGAGUGGUAUCAACGCCUUUCGGAUGUCAAAGAAGGCGAGAUCGUUUGGUACGACGAGGAUCACGAGUUGACAUCCAACCUUAAAGCGCUUCGAUGCGGAGGACAUUUUGAGGGGUCUGCAGUGCUUUACUGGGAUCGAUCUAGAGAGCCCUCACCAGAUCACGCUUCGUCAGCUAAAUGCCGUCAAGACGGCAUCAUUUUCUGUGCAGAUACAGCCAUGGUCCAGCCUACGCAAAAAGGUUUUACCUUCCAGUACUCUGUUCCGAACAUGAUUCCUCUCAAUCCAUACGACGUCGCCUACCUCUACAAGAAGCUCAAAGACGUCCCUUUCGGUCAAGCUACCUCGACCUGGCCUGGCCGCUUCAUCCGCGAGGACGCUGGCUCUAUUCUCGCUCAGAGCGUACGGAAACACCUCGAGACGAUGGGUUGCGAUUGGCUCUGGGUUUCACUGUCAAAUGAGACUCAGAACGAGAGCGCCGGCUCGACCAGCUGGAACAGUGCGGAUAUCCUCUCUUCACGAGCUUCGGAUGGACGCUCCAAGCAGAGUCUGAUCAUCCUGAACCAACCGAUUACGCGCCGCGAUAUCUUCGAAAAGCUCUGGGAUAAUUGCGAUUACCGGAUCUGCGCAGAUGGAGGAGCAAACAGGUUGUACGAUUUACUCAGCGAGGGCGAUCGAGAGCGGUGA